AGUGCUAAGGGCCUCAGGAGCCGAAGUUUGAAGAAACCACGUGGGGAAAUGUCUCAGCCCACAGGGAAGCAUCGUCAUUUACUCCUCAUUUCACAGCAACUUCAACUUCUUAGUUAUCCGGAAGUAUUUUGGAUGUGUAUAGCAGUGAGCAAGGGAUCGCAGCAGAUAAUAUGGGACUUACAAGUGCUUCCUGUCCAAGCAGUCUCCCAAUGAAGAGAGAAAUUACAGACACCGACACUCGAGCACUGGCCAAGGAGAGACAAAAGAAGGACAACCACAAUCUCAUUGAAAGAAGAAGAAGGUAUAAUAUUAAUUACCGAAUCAAGGAGCUUGGCACUCUUAUUCCAAGGUCUAAUGAUCCUGAUAUGCGCUGGAACAAAGGCACCAUUCUGAAAGCAUCAGUGGAGUACAUCAAGUGGCUGCAAAAGGAACAACAAAGAGCCCGAGAAUUAGAACACAGACAGAAGAAAUUAGAGCAGGCGAACAGGCAGCUUCUUCUCCGGAUUCAGGAACUUGAAAUACAGGCACAUGCACACGGUUUGCCCACCCUGGCUUCUUUUGACCCCCUGGACGUUGGUGCUCACGUCACCAAACAACAGUCCCGUCCUGAGCAGAAUUCAGUAGACUAUUGCCAACAACUGACUCCAUCUCCGAGACCCACCACUCAGCGCUGUGAUCAAGCGCUGGCCUUCUCGGAUCCAUUAUCCCACUUCACGGACUUAUCAUUCAGCGCCGCGUUGAAAGAGGAGCAAAGAUGGAAUGUCAUGUUACUGGAUGACACGUUCUCUCCAUUUGGUACAGAUCCUCUGCUAUCUGCCGCGUCCCCGGCCGUUUCCAAAGAGAGCAGUAGAAGAAGCAGUUUUAGCUCUGAUGAUGGGGAUGAGUUAUAAAGAAAUAAACGGAUUCUCAAGCCAUCAACUGGGAAGCAAGUCUAUGCUGGUGCUAUGCAAUCGUAUUCUGUGUUGGCUAUACACCUUUGGUGUAGUAAUUGUGAAAGGAACAUGUUGUCCAUUAAAAAAAAUGGAUUCAUUAAAAGCCACAGAAAAAUUCCUAAGAAAUAUGAGAAUGAAGACUUACUGAGAAAUAACAAGGAGCUUUUCCUCUUUGGCUACCAUGUCCCAAUGUAUUUAACGUUUGUCUUGCUGGAAAGAAUACAGUGUGAAAAAUUGCUACGUUUUGAUGUCUUCAGAGUAGAAACUUGUUGAUGUCCACAGGCAUCAACCAUGAAAAGCCUAAAUACGGCCAUCGCUAUCUUCUUUAACGUCUAACUCUUACAAGAUCAGUUUUAUUUUCAUUUUUUUUAAGAAUCAAAAUCAAUCUAGUGAUUCAUUAUAUCUCUUUACCAUGUGGUGGACAUGUUGCCUAAAAGUUCAAGUUUAAUAGAGGAAAUAAUUUUUUAGUAGCUUAUAUGUUACACAUGAAAAUUGAAUAUACAUUAGGAAAACAGAAAUGAAAGUUGGAGAGUUACGAACAUUUUCAAGGGAACAAAAUUUAGCCUUUCUUUUAAAGAUAUAAACAGAAUAAUAUGGAGGACUUACAGGGAAAUAAUAUGAACCAACUGAUAAAAGGCAGUUUGAACUUAGCGAGGGUUCUUGAUGGGAUAUUCACUAGAAAUACAUGAGAAACAUCUAUCAAGGAGUUUGGAAAAUUAUAUUGGCCACAGGUUGUUCAGGCAGUUUGUUGCUAGGAGAGACAAAGCUUCAUAUUAUAAUUAUACUACAGGUUACUGAUUUGACAACCUUUCAUGUAGAUUAAACUUGGGGAUAAAUUAAUGGAAAGAAGGUAUACCUACUACUCACUUGGAAAGUAUGUCAUUUCCAGAAAAGUUUGAUGACAAAGUGGGAAAAUAUUAAAACCUUAUGGUAUGAUUGAUACAGAUCUGGAAAAAUGCCCCAAAGAACACAGCCAUUGCAAACUCUAUAAAGGUCGGUUCUAGUCUGAAACAUGGGGUCCCCAUAAGUCAAAAUUGACUGGACAGCAACUGGGUUUUGGUUUGAGCUUACAUCUCAGAAUUAAAAUGAUUUUCACUGCUUGACAUGAGGAAAAAAGUUCUUAGUUUCUCGGACAGUCAUUGAAGAUAGACAGAUGCAUUUCCGUGAAAGAUUAACGACACAAAGCGGUGCUCCAAAAUCAGAGAAAUGUUUAUUUAGCAAACGUUUCAAAUUGUGAUGCUAUUUUUUCUCGGCAUAUCCUUUAUCUAUGUCUACUCAUGUCUAAAAGCAGUGUUUCGGUCUCUCUAACCCUUCCCCCGAAGAAUUCGGCACUCUUUAAUCUAAACCAUUGUUCUCAAGUUUUGGCAACCUUGAGGAAUUCAAACAGCUGUUAAAAUGUUGGUUUUGAGUUUGGGGGAAAAAAAAGUAGUCUGAAGGGGCAAGACAGGUGCUAAAGGUUGUUGUGGUAAGGGACCCCCCCUAUACAACCCCCCCCCCAAAUGAUCAUAGGACCACCCUUGCUACUCUUGAGGAACAGGCAGAUGAGUUGUUCAGUGCAACUUUCUUACUUUUGUCUAAUUGAUACAGCGUUUAGCGUGCUUCACAUUUCUUUCUAAUAGGCCCCCACGAUCUUUGGGUGUCCUUCGAGAAAAUCUAUCAAGAUUACCCUUUUGCGAUCCCCCAAGUAGAUGCCAUCACCUCCUGAGCUGACCUCUCCACACUGAAUUUGUCUUUGAGUUUUCCAACCUUCCCUGAAAGGUUUUAUCUACCUAAAAGCUAUUCUUCUAAGUGGAGCAGCCGUCCUGUAAACUUUUGCAAAGCUUCAAUGAUUUUGGAAGAUCUCCAUUUGCGUUUUGUUAAAAAUUGGCUAUUAGCUCUGACUUCAAAAUCAUUUUAUCCAUGGGACAAAAAAAAAUCCUUUUUUUUUUUGGAUAUGUGAGACUAAGACAAGCGUAUGACUACGAGUCCCUACCUCCAGUCGUCCCCUGACUGCCAGGACAUGUUUAAACACAUUUUGUUUGGAAUAAACUCACUCACUUAUAAACUGGAAUCGUAGUCCCCAUACUUACUGACUUACCUUCUAUCCCUGAGAAGGGACACAAUAGGAUACUUUCUGAGUGUCUUUAAAAGGAUAUUCAUGCUAUAUGUAUCUUUUUCUUUAUUUAAUGAUUUCAUUUUGUGACAUGAGGUGAUUGUGGAAUAGUGAAAAUUAUCAAGAAGGAAUAGAUCUGUUUACUGGGUCCAUGAACAACCUGGAAGUCUAGCUAGAAGCAGAUUUUCAGAGAAGGCUUCCCCCGGGGAUAGUGUCCUUACUGCUGCAUCCUUUUUCCUUCUGUUCAAGUACUAGUCCAUAGCAUGGAUACCUUCUCCGUAUCAGCUGGUCCACAUAAAGGCUAGAUACUUGACACGAGAAGGGUGAACUCUAACCAAGAGUCCUCUUGAGGGGGCACUAAUGUUUGCUACUACUUUGGGAUGUUGAUCGUUGUGGGACCAUUUUAAAAUAGUUCACCGAUUUGUAAAGUCAUCCAAGAGUGGUACAGCGUCCCAGACAAUGAAAUAGACUAAACAAGUCACUGGCAGCGCACCUUGAAUCCCUUAAGACUCAGGUCAAAGUCAUACAUAGACCCUCUCCUCAGAAGAGUACAGCAUCAUCAAUAGGGACACAUAUUUCCAUACGUCCGUAAAGUUUCAGAGCCCUCCUUGGGUCCCAGGUGAAGAAAUCCUGCUUCAAAUCUGUUCCUUCGACUAGCAGGUAUGUUUCUAUCUAGAGACACAUGCAUAAUCAGUGUCAUCUGUGGUGAUGGGGGACAAGAACCGGACUGAGGAAGAAAUCCUAGUCAUCUGAAUAUCAUUAUCUCAUCCCCAUAGUGACGAAGCUGCACUGGAAAGCAAAAUUCUAACAAGAGGCUAAUCGCUAAGAAAGUGGUUACGUCGGACAGGGCAAGAUAUGACAAAAUACCCAUUUAUAAACUAUCAAGGGCUCA